AAGAGAAGGUCAGAGUUCACCCAGAGGAGAAAUGUGACACGCUCAGCCUUCAAGCAAAGUGCCGUUGACAGCGCUAGACGUCCGAUCCAUUUUGACCCAGAUCGGACGUUGUGCGGACAAGCACCAUACAAAAUCGUCCAUUUAUGUGCAUGAGUAUACGGCUCGCAAAUUAUACUCAGGCAUAUGAGCCGGCUCCUCUGCACUGGUGGGUCCUACAGGAAAUGAGAAAAGAUGACAGUCCAUAACUUGUACAUAUUUGACCGAAAUGGAAAGUGUCUGUAUUACAACGAGUGGAACCGUAAGAAGCAAGCUGGCAUCUCAAAGGAGGAGGAAUAUAAACUGAUGUAUGGGAUGUUGUUCUCCAUCCGCUCCUUUGUCAGCAAGAUGUCUCCUUUGGACUUGAAGGAGGGCUUCCAGUCCUUUCAGACUAGCCGCUAUCGUCUUCACUACUUCGAGACGCCCAGCGGACUCAAGUUCGUCAUGAAUACCGACCUCUCUGUGAACAACGCCAGGGAGGCGCUACAGCACAUCUACAGCAACCUGUACGUGGAGAACAUCGUCAAGAACCCCACGUGCGUAUUGGGUAACACUUUGGACAGCGAGCUCUUCAGCACACGACUGGACGCUUUCGUCAGAGCGCUGCCGUAUUACAGCCCACGCGCCACUUGAACGUUCAUUUUUUUCACUGAUGUUGAUGAUGAUAGUCCAGUCGUCCUUCUGCAGUGAAUUGAAAAUAAUUGCCAAGAUGGACCCUCCUACCAAUUAGUUUAUCACUAGCAGAUGUCCAGUCCAUUUGAACUGGGUGGGUUGGAAACCCACCCAGUUUAAAUGGAUUGGACAUCUAUUGCCGUCCAUGGCAGUCAAUAAGUUCAUGUUACUUGAAGCUAUUACAACAGUUUGAAGGUUGUUGGUUUAUUUCAUUAGUUUUUAUGUUGUAUAUGCUAAUUUGGCCAUGUAAAAACAUAAUUUUCAAGCAUAUCUAUCACAAUCAAUGGCAGCCAAUAACUUAAAAUGGAGGAAAACUGCUUUGGACUUUGGGCCUUUUAUUUAAAAAUCUCAAAAA